AUGGAUGGAAGGAAUAGCACAAAUGUGUCUCACUUCAUCCUUAUGGGACUGACAGACUCUGAGGAGAUCCAGCUGGUCCUGUUUAUACUAUUUCUCCUGAUAUACCUGACUAGUGUGCUAGGAAACGCAGGGAUGAUAUUGAUAAUCCGCCUGGAUCUCCAGCUUCACACCCCCAUGUAUUUUUUCCUCAGCCACCUGUCAUUGCUUGACCUCAUUUACUCCAAUGUCAUCACUCCUAAAACCUUAGAGAACUUACUGACUUCCACCAAGUACAUUUCAUACAUAAGCUGCUUCGCCCAGAUGUUCUUUUUUGUCUUCUUGGGGACCUCUGAAUGUUUACUUCUCUCUUCAUGUGUGUCUUAUCUGUCAAUUCUGUCCACUGUGUUGAAAAUUACUUCUACUUCAGGAAAGCAAAAAGCCUUCUCUACAUGUGCCUCCCAUCUCCUAGGGGUCACCAUCUUUUAUGGCACUACAAUUUUUACUUAUUUAAAACCUCAUAAAUCCUACUCUUUGGGGAAGGAUCAAGUGGCUUCCGUAUUUUAUACUAUUGUGAUCCCCAUGCUGAAUCCACUCAUUUAUAGUCUGAGGAAUAAAGAAGUGAAAAAUGCUCUCAUUAGAGUCUUGCAGAAGACUAUAAUCUAA